AUGGGUUCUCUUUUAUCAUCAAGUGCCAAUAUGGAUUGCGCAGAACGGGACAUAGGGCGCACGUCGUCAUUCUCUUCUAUUUUAUCGAUACAUCCUAUCUAUGAUGGAAUAUACUCCCGGCUUAGCCCUGGUGCUCGUAUUCGCUUUGGCCGCACAUGUCGUCUCGCGUACAACAGCGUACAGGACUUUCACUCCAGGGCAUUCAAUAUCAAUCAUCACCUCAGGCGCUUCUUUGAUGACCCCAUUGCAUUCCGCAACAUGCAGGCUCGUCUUGCAAUGCUCAUCUCUGGCUCCAACGCACUCCAGUUCCUCGAUUCAACCUCUUAUCCUGGAUCAGAUCUGGACCUAUAUGUCUGGGAAGAUAGCGCCAAAGAGGUUGGGCACUGGUUAAUGGAGCACGAAGGAUACUCUUCUGCACCGAGCAAGCGGAAGGCUAAUGAAUAUGCGUCCAUAUCAAUCUUUAGAUUCGAUAAUUUCACCAAGGAUGGACCUGACGGUCCACUCACUGUUCAGGUCGUUGCCACGCUCAUCAGUCCUCUGGAGGCGAUACUCAACUUUCACAGUACCUGUGUCAUGAACUGCAUCGCGUUCGAUGCGGCGUAUAGCUUAUACCCGCAGGCGACUUUUGAACAGAGGGUGUCCUUAUGCAUUGCCUCUCGCAAUGAUAGGAGGGCUGAGUUCAAAAAGUAUCGAAACAGAGGAUGGAAGCUCAUCUUGAUCACUCCGCCGCAAGAGAAGAAGAGCAGGGGAGCUCCAUUUCACGGCGAUGUCAUCCGUUGGGUCCAUGACCAUCAUUCGUGGGUAGUCCCGCUGGACACCAGCGAGCUUCAGCCGCGUCCACGCCUGUCUCCGACAUCAGAGUAUUUUGCUUGGGAUCCCGUGAUCUACAAUAGCUGGAAGCUGGUUGAGCGGCUGAUUCCAAAAAUUAUGGGCUCGUUCCAUAUGACAUCAGGAGCUCCUAUAGGAUAUCGUGCCCGCGGUUCUGUCAUGCGAUAUGAAUAUCUUGUCAUGGACAGCGGGUUAUACCAGACUAUCGCUUCGUUUCUGGAGCAUCAAAUACACAAGCGAUCCAAUGCCGAGCGCCGCUCCUCCGCUAAGCAGAAGGAGCUAUCCACAUGGUGUGAUGCCACCAUCGGGAGGUUGAUUGACGCUCACCGCGCAAAAGAGAUACAAAACCAGGGAAAUUAGAGAAUAUGCUGCAUGAUGUCUGCCAAGACCAACCUGUACUACUUCACAUCGAGCCAGAGAUAGCUUCCACAUGAGUAAACUAUGUGCCUUCUUGGUGGGAUAUUCAAAUUUCAUGUCCUGC